GACGUCGGCAGAUAUCCUGGGAACGCGCCCAGCUCUCCUCUGCCGCAGAGCCGCUUUAAGGUUCUCCCCGCCCGGCCCCGCCGCUCGGCCACCGCUUCCCCGCGGCUCGGGCAUCCCCCGCGGAUGGUCUCGGGAGAGCCCCGGCCCCGGUCCCGACCCCGAUCCCGGCUGCGGGAGCGGGUCCCGGCGCUCCCCGCCCUCCGCCCGGCUGUCCGGCUCCCAUCAUUCGCCUGCAGCUCACCGAGGAGACUGCAAGAACCACCGCGGGCUCUGCUCCCAACAUUCGCCUGCAGCUCGCCGAGGAGACUGCAAGAACCACCGCAGGCUCUGCUCCCAACCUUCGCCUGCAUCUCCCCGAGGAGACUGCAAGAACCACCGCGGGCUCUGCUGCCACCCACUUCGAGCUUCUCCCGCCCCGCAAUCCCGCUUUUCCACAGGGGUGAAGAUGAGUGCUGACGAGAUCCUGGUGCGUGCAGCAAAACUUGGAAAAAACCUCUGCCUCUAUUUUAUUGACGACGAUGAGCUGGAAUGUGAUGCCCUUUGCAAGGAAAAGGCUCUGCACAGAGUCCUUCGGAACGUGAACAGCCAGUUGCUGGUGGUUCGCCCAGACCUCAACCUGGCAGCCUUUGAGGAUGUGACAGACCAGGAGAUGCAAUCUGGCCAAGGGAUGCACUUCACCAUCCACUGCUACAAAACCACCACCCCUGCAGCAGGGCUGCCUGUUGCCUUCAGUGUGCAGAUAGAAGGCAGAAGUUAUUACAUGUGCUGUGAGAAGGAACGUGGGGAAAUGAUGGUUCGAUUCAAGGAAGGAGAAGUUCCCAAAGACAUUCCUGGUGAAAGCAACAUCAUCUUUUUCAAAAAGACGUUUACCUCGAGUUGCUCCAGAGCAUUUAAGUUCGAAUACUCGCUGGAAGAAGGAAUGUUCUUGGCCUUUAAGGAAGAGGGCUGCUUAAGAAAAUUAAUCCUAAAGAAAUUGUCAGGAAAAGAUGGAGUGGAUGAAACCAUGAAGAUAAAUGUAUCUGAAUUCAGUCAAAAUUAAAGUCACAACCUAUGAUGACAGACUUCCAACAGUUUUAAAAUAUAUUUUGGCUUUUUAUAAAAGAAACUUCAGUCUUUCUUUAUCCAAAACAAGCCAGUUUUCUGUUUUAACUACCCUAAGUCAGUACUUAUAAAAGAAAUAAACAUUUAAAAUAAUAAAUGCAAGUUUUUGACAAAAAAAGAAGCAGAAGAGUGUUUUCUAGUCAGGUAGAAGAAAAUUACACAAUGAGGAAACAACAGGGUGAAUGCCUGUGUGUACAUGUAGAAUUUGAUCUCUAAAAUCUUUAAUGCCUGUUGAGCUAAUUGAAUGAGGUACCUCAGAGAUGCAGGGGACCUGUUUGGGGGAGGGAAGGAAAAACACUUAAAAUAACAGAUUUCAUAGCAGCACCUGGUCAAUAAACACUUGGAGAGUGCCUUUGUUUUGCAUCAGAAUUAUUUCCUGAGUGUCUUCAUCCAUCUCAGCUACACAGGGACAUUCUUCUCCAGGUACCACAAGAAUUAAGAGCAAAAGUUAACAGUAGUUCCAGGGGUUUGAUUGAGUUUCCAGAGGCCUGGGGAACACAGGGGACUCAGGGAGAAAGGUGUAUUCAUUCCUUUUUCACUCUGCUCUCAGAGGUGCCACCCCUGACAUGGGAGAGCUGGACUAAAACAUUCCCAGAGCUCUUAGAUAAAUAAUUUCUCAUAUAAUUAUCUUAAACCACCACCACGUGCAGAUGCACCCUGGGUUUGGGCUCAGAAUGGGAAAUAUCAAACACUUUCUACGAUAUAAACUCUGACUGUUCCCUGGGACUUUCCCGUGACUCAGAUCUGUACCUUCCUCAGCUGUGACAAAAUAAUGAUUGUUAUGUUGGUGUUUAAACCAGACCACAGCAGGCAGAGCACCCAGCUCAUUCUCACCACAAGACUGAAAAAACUUGGCCAGUUACCUGCUUUUGCCUAUGAUUGCACAAGUAAGCAACUAACUAACUAACUAAAAUUAACAGUCCAGAUUAAAAAAAAAAACAAAUCAAAAAGUCUUGUAGAAUUUAAACAGAACUUGGGCAUUAUUGCGUAAUCAGCCUGAUGGCAGCACAGAAUUCUCUUCCUCUUACCGUUAAUAGUACCACAAAUGUACCAGCAGAAUGUGGAAAUAGCUGUUCACUGCCUGCUACAGUGAAGGUCUGAAAAGAUAAAGUUGAGAAUCUCAGUUCCCCCCUAAAGUGCUCUAAGCCCUGAAGACAGCCAGAAGAAUGUUGCAUCACCCUCACGGCGAGCUAUGACAGGAAGGCUGUGUUUGUGGCCUUUUCAGUCACCCAGGACAAUACAGAGCAGAAAACAAACCCCCAGAAAUGCUACAGAUAAACAUUCACAUUCCGGGGAAACCCUGAAGGUCAGAUGCUCCUAAAAUCAACAGGCAAAAGUAUUUUUCUUCUAGGCCAAUUGUUCUACUUUCUAAGGGACAUUAAUUACUCUUGUAUUAAGUCUAAGAAUUAAAGGUUCUAAAGCUAAAUGAAGCAAGGCAGAGGAACAGUAUGAAUUAGUAACAAAUAGUUCAGAAGCACACACAAGAUUUCUGUAAAUUCUUUAUUGCAUGGAUUAAGAAAAAAGUAUUCCCUUUUCUACACCAGCUCUCAGGGUCCAAAGAGUUACAGGGUCUGCCUCGCAUACAGGCCAGUUGUUGUGAUGUCAGAAGAAGCAGUUCAAUUUUCCACAAGUUUUACAAAACAGGAAACCAAACAACAGUUAAAAAACACCCACCAGAGCUCUCAUUACAAGGACAGUUGCAAGUCUGUCACCGAUGUAAUUAAUUCAUCCCAAUUUACAGCACAGCUUAAACCACCUCGCUGGUGUAAUUAAUUCAUCCCAAUUUACAGCCCAGCUUAAAGCACCUGGCUCUGAUGGACAUUAGCCAGCUUAAAUCUACUGUUUCUUCUCCAACAUCUUCGCUGCUGUUGGGUGUUUAAUUCUAGAGGGCUCUGAGCUCCCUGCAGGACGUUCCCACUACAGACCCUUGGCUUUGCGCUCGUUUCGCGUUAAA